AUGCCAGACAAUCAGUCAGGACACUCAUUCGAUGCCACUCGGACCCUCUCAGGGUCCGGGCAAGACACAGAUUACUUGGAUUUACCCGUUCGCCAAGUCACCCGCGAUGCCAACCUUGAGGAAUACACAACAGAAACCGCGGCCGGUCAAAUCGUCAAGCCCGUUCGGUCCGCUGCCUCGGGGAAGAUGGAGGAUUGGAAGCUAGUGACGUUUACCAUCGACGAUCCGGAAAACCCCAAGAAUUGGUCCAAAGCGUUCAAAUGGUAUUGUACCAUGGUGGUUGCGUUCACUUGCUUUGUCGUCGCAUUCGCGAGUAGUGUUAUCACGGCCGAUAUAGAAGGACCGGCCGAAGAGUUUGGUGUCUCGCGAGAAGUUAGUCUCGUGGUUGUCACAGUCUUUGUCAUUGGGUUUGGUGUUGGUCCGAUGGCGUUUGCACCCAUGUCAGAGAUGUUUGGCCGUAGGCCGGUCUAUACCUUCACCCUCCUCAUAGCGGUUAUCUUCAUCAUUCCUUGUGCGGUGUCGAAGAAUAUCGGAACUCUCAUCGUGUGCCGAGCAAUUGACGGCAUUGCGUUUAGUGCCCCGAUGACCCUGGUCGGUGGUACUUUGGCGGAUCUGUGGAAAAACGAAGAGCGGGGGGUCCCCAUGGCAGCCUUCUCCGCAAGCCCCUUCCUUGGACCCGCCAUUGGUCCGCUCGCGGGUGGCUACCUGGCCGACGCCGCCGGGUGGAGGUGGCUCUACUGGCUGAUGUUGAUCCUGGCCUUUGUCUCCUGGGUGCUGAUCACCUUCACCGUGCCGGAAACCUAUGCCCCAACGAUCUUGAAGCGGAGAGCCAAGAAACUCAGGAAGACACAGAACGAUCCCAAGUACGUGACCGAAACGGAACUGGAUUCUCGGCCGAUGGGUGAGAAGCUGCGCAUCUUCUUCUUCCGCCCCUUCCAGCUUUUGUUUCUGGAACCCAUCGUCUUAUUCAUCUCGAUCUACAUGUCCGUGCUGUAUGGCUUGCUGUACAUGUUCUUUGUUGCGUACCCCAUCGUGUAUCAGGGUGGAAAGGGCUGGAGUGCCGGGUCUACCGGUCUUAUGUUCAUUCCCCUGGCCAUCGGUGUUGUCAUGAGCGCGGCUUGCUCUCCAUUUAUCAACAAGCACUAUCUGUCGCUGUACUCAAAGUAUGGCGGCAAGCCUCCCGCAGAAGCACGCCUGAUCCCUAUGAUGUUCUCGUGCUGGUUUAUUCCGGUCGGACUUUUCAUCUUCGCAUGGACAUCAUAUCCGCAGAUCCAUUGGUUCGGACCUGCCAUCGGUGGCUGGCCAGUGGGUUUCGGCUUUAUCUUUCUGUACAACUCGGCCAACAACUACCUUGUCGAUACGUACCAGCACCAAGCCGCGUCUGCCCUUGCCGCAAAGACUUUCCUCCGGUCCAUGUGGGGAGCAUCCACAGUCCUGUUUACCGAGCAGAUGUAUGACCGGUUGGGUGACCAGUGGGCCAGUACGUUGCUGGCUUUCAUUGCGUUGGCCUGUUGCGCCAUUCCUUACGUCUUCUAUUUCAAGGGCGAGUCUAUUCGCCGCUUCUCGCGAUUUGCCUAUAACGAAGACGAAGAGAAUUCCGGCAAGGUCGAGAAGAGCUAA